AUGUUCAAUCAGCGUCAUCAAGGAAAGAUCAAGAAUGACAAGAUAAUGCGCUGGAGGUUGGAACUGAGUUGUUACAGUUUUGACAUUGUAUAUCGACCAGGCAGCGAGAAUGUUGCACCUGAUACCUUCUCGCGAGCAACAUGUGCCUUCAGUGUUAAUGAUUCUCUCUACCAGCUUCAUGAUGCACUCUGCCAUCCUGGGAUCACUCGAUUCUGGCAUUUCAUUCGAGCCAAGAAUUUUCCGUAUUCUCUAGACGAUGCAAAGAGGACUGUGAACACCUGCCCCAUCUGUCGUGAAUGUCAACCGAUAUUCCACCGCCCAGAAUCAGCUCAUCUUAUAAAGGCUACUCAACCCUUCGAACGGAUCAACAUUGCCUUUAAAGGACCACUUCCUACUAAUAACAAGAACAAAUACUUCCUGAAUGCUGUUGACGAAUAUUCUCGAUUUCCAUUGUUUUCCCUUGUCCUGACGUGUCCACUCUGA